AUGACAGACGCCUCGCGCUGGAAGGCGACUGUAUUCGUCGGUGGUCUGGCCUCCGCCGUCACGGCUGCCAACGUUCACGAUGCUUUUAUCCCCUUUGGCGAAAUCGCGGACGUGUCGCUACCCAAGAACGACAAGCCGAACUCAACCGACCCUCAUCGAGGAUUCGCAUACGUCGAGUACGAGGAUGCGGAGGACGCCAAAGAAGCCAUCGACAACAUGGAUCAGUCGGAAUUCUUCGGAAGAGUUAUUAAAGUUUCAGCCGCCAAGGUACCGAAGAGCGCAGAUGAAGGCCUGGGGAGCAAAAAGGCUCUAUGGGAGCAGGAAGGAUGGCUGGCAGAAAACGCCGUCAGUGAGGAGGACCGACUUGCUUCUGAACAGGCCAAGACGCAGGUUGAAGUACGUGGAGAUGACCCGAUGCAGGGUCUGGAGGGGCUCGACGUUGCGGGACCGAGACCGGAGUGA